GAUGUGGUUUUCAGCACUGCUCACAAGUCAAAAGGUUUGGAGUUCAGCACUGUGCAGCUGACAGAUGAUUUCCUUAUUAAUUCAGAUGGUCAAACAGUGGAACACAAAGAAGAUGAAUGCAAUAUUCUGUAUGUGGCAGUUACAAGGGCUAAGAAGCGACUUCAGAUGAAUGAAAUUUUGAUGAAACAUGUGCUCAGACAUCUAGGAGAGCAGUUUGAGUACCCAGUUUCCAGUAAAUCACUAGAAAAGGAUGGUGCAUCAAUCAAGUGCAUGUACACAGACCAAGUCUUUAAACCAAAUGCUGCUACACUAGUCAGAAGGACUGUAAAGAUAGAUGGUGGAAGAGUCACAUUGGAUGGUGGAAUGCACAGCCCAGUUGUUGUACAUCAGAACUACCCAGCUUGGAGAGAGCUAUUAGGUACACCAGAACUACCCAGCUUGGAGAGAGCUAUUAGGUACAUCUGGCUCUGGGGAAGACACUUCUUCUCAGGACAGUGAUUACCAAUACAUUAUGGAUGAGGAUAUGGUGGAUGCCAUGGUUGGAUGGUUUAUGUAACCAGUAAUGGGCAGAAUCAUACUAUUUGUAUGAUUUGACAAUUCCAGUGGCAGGGAUGAUGUGAAUGACAGCCCGGUGAACUCCACACUUAAGCGAGUUGUGGCAAGGCUUUUUAAUGCCUAUUAAAUUUGGGGUGAAAUUGCUAGGUUCUAGUAUGUCUGUUAUGGCCUUUUACAGGAUUAAAUGACCUCAGCUCAGUCCAAAAGUAGAUGCAGAAUGCAAAAAUAGAUGUAUAAUUCCAUUUAUAUAGCUUAUGUUAUCUUUAUGUACUGGUAUGCUGCUAUAUAAUAUACUUAAGUAAAAUGAUAAGAUUUUACAGUAUAUUUUAUAUGAUAAUUAUGUACCUUCUGCAGAGUUUAAAAAGUAUUAUUGAAAUAUUUUAAAAUAAGUAAUCUUAGCAUGCUUAGAGGGUAGUUUACUAUAGUAUACCAUAUAUUAAUUGUAAACGUAGUCAGUUUAAAUGAUACAUUAUUUUUUUCCAUGUGAUAGUAUAGGUUUCCUGGGUGCAUGUAGCAUUAAUGUGGUUCUUCAAUGACAGUGUUACAGCAGCACAGGAUUAUUUCAGAUACGUGCCAAUUAACAGUUUUUUUAAUAGACUUUAUAUCUGAGAUUGCUUUGCUGGACAAGUUGGACAACUAGCCUUUUAAUAAAAAA